AUCUUCUUUCCUCCCCCCGCUCUCCUGCAUUCUCUUCCUUGCCGAUUCUCCCUCCCACCCCGCGAUCUCGCUGGGGCUCACCUUGCUAGGGCAUUUCACAGCAACCCGAUCGUGCCCGCUGCCCUUUCUAUCCGCUGGGAUUCGUUUCCGUCCCCGCUUCGUCAUCGACCGACUGCGUUAGGCACCAUCAUCAAGAAGGGUUCGCAGGAUGGCUACUUGAGCGACCAUGACUAUUCUUAGUACCGGCCUGGAUAGAUCAAUUGAAACUCGACUCUUAUAGACACUUGAUACAUCUAUCCAGCUACGUCAAUACUGCUGCAUCGUAUUUUGACGUCGAAACCACGGGCCGCCCCUGACUCUUAUCUCCGCCCGACUGUUCUCGCAACAGUCGAUAUCUAUUCUGCAACAUGUCCCACAACUUCGAAAAGUCGGUUAAGGGGGCUACCAAAGUCAAGCUCGCCGCCCCUAAGUCCAAGUACAUCGAACAUAUUCUGGUAGCGACGCAUACCGGUGAGGCAGGUGUGGCAGAGAUAUUUCGGACUCUACAACUGCGGCUCCGCGACUCGACAUGGACAAUUGUCUUCAAGGCUCUGAUCGUGAUUCACCUUAUGGUGAGGGAGGGUCAACUGGACGCCACGUUGCAGUACAUGGCAGAAAACCCCCAAAAACUGGCAAUCAGCGGAUUUUCGGAAGUUCAGUCCCAAGGCCACAACAUCCGGAGAUAUUCCGAGUAUCUCCUGGCGCGCGCAAAGGCCUUCGAGUCGACAAAGACCGACUACGUGCGAAGCGGCCAAGGCCGGAUGAAGCGAUUGACGGUCGAGAAGGGACUAUUGAGAGAAACGGAGAUUGUUCAAAAACAGAUUCGGGCAUUGCUUCGAUGUGAUCUCUUAACGGACGAUGUUGAAAACGAAAUUUCAUUGACUGCAUUCCGCUUACUCACUCUGGAUCUGUUAACUCUCUACUCGGUCAUGAACGAGGGGACGAUAAAUGUCUUGGAACACUACUUUGAGAUGUCACGUCCUGACAGUGAACGUGCGCUGGAGAUUUAUAAAACAUUUACUCAGCAGACGGAAGAGGUCGUCAAAUUCCUCGGUGUUGCUCGGCAUUUUCAAUCGGCAACACGGCUAGAAAUACCCAAGUUGAAGCAUGCCUCUACUGAUUUGACGCGACUGCUUGAAGACGAUUUGAACGACCCCGACUUCAAUCAACGCCGCCGCGAAUAUCUCGCCCGUAAGCAGGGCAAAAGUGUCGAGGCACCACCUUCUGCGGCCAAAAAUCCCACUGGUGAUCACUCCGCCCACCACGCAAACCCUACUCCAGCUCGACCUCAGACACAGCCCAACCCGCAAGCGCAAGCGACAUCGAACCCAGUGGAUUUGAUAGACUUUUUCGACUCGAUCGAACAAAAUCAGCAGCCGAUGGCGCAGCAGAACGCUUUCCAACAGCAACAGUUUCAGCAGCAACCGCAAGCGAUGCAGUUUCAACAAGCAGGUUUUCAACCGCAGCAGCAAGCAUUCUAUGCACAGCAGACUGGUUUUCCGCCACAGCAGAUGCAGCAACAACCUCAAGUGGCGGGCCUGGGUCAACAGUCAUCACCGUUCGGGCCUCAAUAUACGGCGCAGAACCCUCAGCAUUUAAAUCAACCGCUUGUUCCACAGCCUCUCCAGCCGGACCACACCGGGGCCGGCUUUGGUGGCUACUCGGCGCAGCCCCAGAAUUACGGGUACCAACCUAACCUGGCUCCGAUCCCGCAGAAUGACGUGAGCGCAUUCCCGCCGCAGCAACAACAGCAGCAGCAGCCGCAACAGCAACUGGUACCGGGGUCUCAACAGCUUCUGCAACCGCAGUCUACCAACCCCUUCAGACAGUCAAUGUUGAUGAGCUCGCCGACCGGCUCGGCCGCCCCACUUGACCGCCAGAACACCAACCCGUUCGCGCGGCGGUUAUCGACAGCAAACCCGCAAUUCAACGCCGGUGGGCCCGAGGCGUUUGCAUCUGCACAGGCGCAAUCACAGGCCCAGGUGCAACAGCCAGCGCCGCUCCAAGCGCAGCGCACUGGAACGAACCCUUUUGCCCGCAGCUCCUCCGUACCACCCCAGCAAUCGCAGGGACUUCAGCCUCCCGCUGCGGCACCUCUCCGGCCAAACCCCACGGGAAGCACCAACCCAUUCCGCCAAAGUGCCUUUGUGAACCAACAAACCGGCCAGGGAUGGCAUGUUGCCGGACAACAGGGCACAAUGGGUGGUUUGGAGCAAUUGGAUACAGUCCCCGUCUUUCCACGACCGGGCAUGUAGAUAUGGAUCAUGGGAGGAGAUCAUUUGUAGAUAAAGCACCUACGUCGCUGCUGCUGCGGAUAGGCAGGUCUAAUAGUUGUUCUGUGUAUUGUUAGUCGUUCCUUGUGGGCCCCAAGACCUCUGACUUGUUGGUUCACUUAAUCCUUGUCCUCGCCCAUCCGCUUUGCAUCUGACAUUUUGUUCUGCUCUCAUGCCUUGUGGGCUUCGAGAACCUGGAGGUGGCGGCGGCGCAGGCGCGACUGUUUCAAUGGCUUAAUCCUGUAUUGAUUACCUUCUUAGCUGCGGCGAGCGGUACUAGCGUUUAUG